AUGGAAACGGUCACCCCGGUGUCGUCCACACUGAACCAAAGCUGCCGCUUCAAUGAAGAAUUCAAAUACAUCCUUCUGCCCGUCUGUUAUUCGCUGGUUUUCGCAGCAGGCCUGGCGCUCAACGCAGCUGCUCUGUGGACCUUUGCCAAAAUGCGCCCGUGGAACGCCAGCGCAGUCUUCAUGUUCCACUUGGCACUGUCUGACUUCCUAUACGUGCUUUCACUCCCCACGCUCAUCUACUACUACGCAAACCGCAGCCACUGGCCCUUCGGCGUGGUGGCGUGCAAAAUCGUCCGCUUCCUGUUUUACGCUAACCUCUACUGUAGCAUUUUGUUGCUCACCUGUAUUAGCGUGCACCGCUACAUGGGUAUCUGCCACCCUAUCAAAGCACUGACCCUACUAAAAGCCCGUCACGCCCACCUAACGUGCGCCGCCGUGUGGAUGGUGGUAGCGGUGUGCCUAGUACCCAAGUUGGUGUUCGUCACCACAUCCAAGAGGGACAACGACACGUUGUGCCAUGACACCACUAGCCGCGACGCCUUCAGGCACUACGUGGACUACAGCUCGGCCGUAAUGGUACUUCUCUUCGGGCUUCCCUUCCUGGUCAUCGUGGUGUGCUACUGCCUGAUGGCACGGACCUUGCGCUCGUCCGCUAACCUAGCUUCGCGGGGGAAGUCCGUCAAGCUCAUUGCGGUGGUGCUGAUCGUCUUUGCAGUCAGUUUCGUGCCCUUUCACAUCACCAGGACCAUCUACUACACUGCCCGCGUCCUCAAGCUGGACUGCCAAACGCUUAACGUGGUCAACUUCACAUACAAGAUCACCAGGCCGCUAGCUAGCCUCAAUAGCUGCAUCGACCCAGUCUUGUACUUGUUGGCCGGGGACCGCUAUCGAGCCCAGAUGCUUUAUGCUCUGACUGGGAGGAGGCGGAACGAAGCUGGGCGAGUGCCCGACCGGGGCCCAGUUGACAAGAAUGCAAGUAUCGCACUGGUAUACAAGACCUUGGACGCUCAGGUCGACGGACAGGGGACAAAUUUGUAG